AUGAGGAAGCCCAUGAAGAGGCGAGCCAGCCUCUCGGCCAACUUGAAAAUCGGCGACUACAAGAAAUGCUGCCUGACUCCCGAGGAGGAAGAAGUCUACAUCCCCUUCGCCCAGGAGAGACUGGUGAAGCAAUGGGGGUCGAUGCACAACGUCUCGGACAGGGCCCAGGAACGCCAUAGCGUCCCUCCCCGGAGGAACCGCUACUUCCUGAACCUCAACGUCGGCGGGAAGUGCUUCCAGAUCGCGUGCAAAUUGGCCGCCAAGUACCCCGUCACGAGGAUCGGCCAGCUGGCCGUCUCCACCGACCCCAUGAAGAAGCUGGAGCUCUGCGACGACUACUCGGUGCCGAGGAACGAGUACUUCUUCGACCGGGACCCGUUCAUCUUCCACUACGUCUUCCACUUCUACCGCAGCGGCGUCAUGUGGAUCAUGCAGGAACUCUGCCCGUCCAACUUCGUGGAGGAAAUCGAGUACUGGGGGGUCCACAUGAAGUACGCCCAGAGGUGCUGCCGGAUCCUCUUUGAGGAGAAGCAGGACGAGAUGGCCGAAUACCUGAAGGUGCAACGGGAGCUGGAAGCGGAGCUGGAGCCCCUGGAGAGCGAGGUGAACUUCGAGGGCAUGUUCCUCGGCACGUUCCGGAAGGCCAUCUGGAACCUGGUUGAGAACCCGUUCUCCUCCAUCCCCGCCAAGAUCAUCGCCAUCAUGUCCAGCGUUUGCGUGCUGGUCUCCAUCGUGGGCAUGACGCUCAGCACCGUGGAUGAGAUGCAGCACAAGACCAGCAAGAAGUGCAUGGAGCGCGUGGAGACGGUCUGCGCCAUCUUCUUCACCCUCGAGUACCUGAUGAGGCUCAUCUCCGCCUCCUCUUGCCAGCAGUUCCUGCGGGCCGCCUUCAGCGCCAUCGACCUGGUCUCCAUCCUGCCUUUCUACAUACAGCUCCUCUUCGAGAACCUGGGCGAAGGAGACUCGGAGUACCACGAGGAGCUGCACAAGAUGCGCAGCGUCGGGAAGCUGGGGAAGGUCCUCAAGCUCAUUAAGCUCAUGCGCAUAUUCCGCAUCCUCAAGCUGGCGCGGCACUCCACGGGCCUGCGGGCUUUCGGGUUCACCAUCCGCCAGUGCUACCAGCAGGUCUGCUGCCUCCUCCUCUUCAUCGCCAUGGGCGUCUUCACCUUCUCGGCGCUGAUGCAUUCCGUGGAGCACGACGUCCCCGGCACCAACUUCACCAGCAUCCCCAGCGCCUGGUGGUGGGCAGCGGUCAGCCUCUCGACGGUGGGCUACGGGGACACCGUUCCGGACACGCUGCUGGGGCGCGUGGUGGCCUUUGGCUGCAUCUCCUUCGGGAUCAUCUUGAACGGGAUGCCCAUCUCCAUCCUCUACAACAAGUUCUCCGACUACUACGCCAAGCUCAAGUCUCACGAGAACGAGACCACCCUGUCGCUCAAGCUGUCGCGGAAGCUCAACCUCAAGGCCAGAGCCUGGAGGAAGUUCAACGAGUGCUGCUGUGCGGAGUACAUCAUCUCCGGCCAGCAAGCCUCGCAUCAGGCCCCUGCCCGCCACGGGUACCACCCCGUUCAUCAGGGGCACCCCGUCACCCGCCAGCCGGGGCACCCCCACCCCCAAAUGCCCCAUUCUCCUGUCCACUGCUCAGACCACCUCGCUCCCCAACCGCAGCCUCACCAUGCCCACCCAGAGGCUCACAACACCCACCUCGCGCCGCUAUCGGGGCGCCCCACCCCUCAGCCAUCGCCGUGGGCUCCCUCUACCCCUCAGCCAUCGCCAUGGGCUCCCUCUACCCCUCAGCCAUCACCGUGGCCUCCCUCUACCAGGCGAGGGAGCCAGUAG